ACUAUAAACUUAGGUAUAUAUAUAGUUGUACAGGUGCAUGGUUUAUGUUUGUAUAGCUUAGCCUUUUUCAGAAAGUUUAGACUAAUGGAUUUCAAAAGGCUUUUUGUUUCUCUCUAUCUCUAGCAAGAUAUCUUACUAGAGUACUAUAGAUAGAAAUCACCUAGCUAGUAGCCACCUAAUGUCUAUAUAUAUGUACUUGGCAAGGACCAGUUUUGCAACUCAAACUGAUCACAGGAUACUUAGAGAAAGAAGGGAAAAUAUGGCAGGGGUAACUGUGAUAUCGAUUCCAAAUGAAGUUGGGAAAAAUAGUUCUAUAAGAAAUGAGAACGAGAUUCAUGAUAUCGAAAAGGACACGAGAAGUAUUCCAGAAUCAUCUUUCAGUACUUCUUCUCUUCUUCAUUGUUUAAAGAAAAAGCUCGUAUAUGAUCAUAAGAAACUGAUUCAUAGUUUGAAAGUUGGAGUUGCUCUAGUUUUGGUUUCUCUUUUGUAUCUUAUUGAUCCUCUUUAUGAACAAGUAGGAGAAAAUGCUAUGUGGGCUAUAAUGACAGUCGUUGUUCUUUUCGAGUACUCUGCUGGUGCUACACUUGGGAAGGGUUUAAAUCGUGGUUUGGGAACUGUUUUAGGAGGUGGCUUGGGUUGUUUAGCAGCAAUAUUAGCUCAAAAACUGAAUUGGGUUGGUAGUUCAAUCGUAAUUGGUGCAACCAUAUUUGUCAUAGGUGUGGCUGCAACAUACUCUCGGUUGAUACCAUAUUUUAAGAAAAAGUAUGACUAUGGGGCUAUGAUCUUCAUACUCACUUUCAAUCUGGUUGCAGUUUCUGGUCUACAGGGUGAGAAGGUGUUGUUGUUAGCCCGAGAGCGUUUGGCCACAAUAGUUAUAGGAUUCGCCAUAUGCGUGUUUACGAGUUUACUAGUUUUACCUGUGUGGUCUAGUGAUGAACUCCACUCUUCUAUUGCUACAAAAUUUGAAAGUCUCGCAAGUUCGAUUGAAGGAUGUUCGGAGGAAUAUUUCAAGCCCAUUGAUCGAAAAAGCAAUGAGGUCACAAGAAGUUUGGAUGGCUACUUAUCCGUGCUAAACUCCAAGGCCAGAGAUGAGAUUCUGGGAAACUUUGCAAGAUGGGAACCAUGGCAUGGAAGAUUCGGGUUGUAUCAUCCAUGGGAGAAAUACCUUCACAUCGGGCAGUUGCUUCGGGAGAUGGCUGCGACUAACCUUUCACUAAAAGAAUGCAUUUGUUCUCCUCGACAGCCAUCGACCAUUACACUGAGGUGUUCUAUGAAGGAACCAUGCGAAGCAGUUGCGUCAUUACUUGCUUGCUCACUGAGAGAGUUAGGUGACAGCAUUAUGCAAAUGAAGAAUUGUCAGCCAAGAGAAUUGAUAGUGGCCAAGUUGAAGACAACAUGCUUCAAGCUAAACACUUCGGUGUCUGUAACUAAGCUGUGCACAACCGAGAACAACACUGAUGGGCUUGCAAUGGCAACCUUUGUUUUUCUGUUAAUGGAGAUGGUGGAUAAGAUUGAAGUGUUGGCUAAAGAAGUUGAAGAACUUGGAGGUAUUGCAGGUUUUGAACCUCAACAAUAAAGCCAAUGAAGUUAGAGUCUUAGAAGAAUAAACGAGAAGCUUGGUGGUGUAAAUAAACCAAGAAUGUUAGGGGGGAAUAUUUGUAGUUCCCAAGUGUCUCUAUAACAUCAGCAAUGUGAAGAUUGUUUAAUUUAGUAAAACAUAUCUUAAAUAAUCUGAUGCUGCAAGAAUCAGGGCAACAUCCAGUUUGCCACUUCAUAAAAGUUUAUCAUUUACCACGGAAGGAAUUUUAUCAACAAGUGAAAAAUCUUUGUAUUCGGAGAUUAUGAAAAGAAAAGAUAAUAUUGAAA